AAAAAAAUGGCUGCUUUCUAAUGUGGGCUAUUGCAACGAGCCAAAACAGUUCUCCGGAGUGUUAUAUCUUGCAAAAAUUCAAAGUUUGUGGGGAUUAUUCGAUCAAAAUGCUGGCAACGAAUGAUUUUUCAUGUAAAAUCCAACGGAAGUAGGACGUGUAUCUCGUCGCCCACAGUGUCCAAGCUGGCCGCCGUGGAGGAUGUGGGUCCGAACAGGACCGAUACACCAAUUCACCCAUCAACAGCCUCCCUGAGACUUUCCUCUACGACGCGGGCGACCUUACAGGCAUUGAGAAGCCCGCGUAAUAAGUUAAUUACCUCCGUUAGUACCCGUGACGCCGAAACCAUCACAGAGGUGUGCAGCGGAGAAGAGCUUCCAGAAGUGGAGAUAAUAAGUCUACUUGAGGAACAAAUACCCCGAUAUCGUCUUCGUGCUGAUACGCUCACACAGUUUCAAGGAUACGAAAACGCUGAUUGGUUCAUUCCAACACCUGCACUCAGACCAGAGGAGGCGGACGUCAAAUUAUCACCAGAUCAAAUUCGAGAGACGCUCAACUAUUUUA